CCCAUUGUUUUGGAGUAUUUGUGUUUUGAGGUCAACCAUGGAGCUUCGUAGUAUGACGGAGAGACAGCGCGAGUUGUAUGACCAAGUCAAGAACGCGGAUGGAGAGCUCAAAUUGGAUGGGAAUCGGAUUGGCAAUGUUGAAGUGCAGGCGAUUGCUGAGGCACUCAAAGUGAACACGACGCUGACCCAGCUCGAGUUGAGUGACAAUCAGAUUGGCCAUGCUGGAACGAAGGCAAUUGCUGAAGCACUCAAAGUGAACACGACGCUGACUAGGCUCAGUCUGAGUGGCAAUCAGAUUGGCUAUGCUGGAGCACAGGCAAUGGCACUCACGACGCUGACUGUGCUCAGUCUGGGUGCGAAUCAGCUUGGCGAUUCUGGAGCUCUGGCAAUUGCCGAAGCACUCAAAGCGAACAAGACGUUGACUGCGCUCGAUCUGCAACUGAAUCAGAUUGGCACUUCUGGAGCGCAGGCGAUUGCUGAGGCACUCAAAGUGAACACGACGGUGACUUAUCUUGGUUUGGAUGGGAAUCAGAUUGGCGAUGCUGGAGCUCUGGCGAUUGCCGAAGCACUUAAAGUGAACACGAUGCUGAAGGGGCUUCUUCUGUACGCAAAUCAGAUUGGCGAUGUUGGAGCGCAGGGGAUCGCUGCAGCACUCAUGGUGAACACGACGUUGAAGGCGUUCCCCCUUGCCUACAAUUGCAUUGGCCAUCUUGGUUCUCAAGCGAUCGAUGAGGCACGCAAACGCAACUGCGGAUGUCUGGUUGAAAUUGGCGAUCAGAUCAACCCUCUUGCAUUCUCCUUACUUCCACGAUUGGCGAGUGCUGGAGACAGUCACACCGUGUUUGGCAUGCUGACCAGCGGGUUGGAGCUGGAGAAUCAGCCCGCAUCUCUUCCAGCGCUACCAACCGAGAUUGCCGAGCUCAUUAUGGACAAGGCGCAUUACUGGCAAGGCUUGGAGAAAACCAAACGAUGGAAUUUUCAUGUCGAUACCCCCGACUGCGUUCUGAAAGUUACUGUGCCUCAAGAAGAUUCAAUCCGUGUGAAAGUAAUUCAAGUACUUCGUGAAAGGAAGCAGCCUCCCAAUAACAUCGGUGACUGUGUUUUGAAUUUGACUGUCCGAGAUGAACAAGGUACUGUUCAGUACGAGUGUGCUGUGCACCCGACUUUUGUCAGUUCAAACCUUGCGCUUGCGACAAUCAGGCAGGCGAGUCAUCCCAUCAUCCAGCAAAUGCGUGAGGGCUGGGAAGUUCAACUUCGACCCAGCACGUUUGCCCUCUAUGUGCUAUUGGAAAGACUUUAUGUCGGAUAUACUUGUAUCUAAUGCCACAUUUUUUUUUUUUUU